AUGGCUUCCUCUCUGCAGGCAUCGGAAGUGGAGAGACAGCUCUCUAUGCAGGUCCAUACUCUUCGAGAAGACUUCCGGGAAAAAAGCUCCUCAACUAACCAACAUAUAGUACGGCUUGAGAGUCUCCAAGCUGAGAUUAAAAUGCUUACUGAUAGGAAGAGGGAGCUUGAGCAUCGCCUUAGUGCCAUGAUGGAGGAAAAUGAUUUGCUUCAGGGAACUGUGGAGGAACUGCAAGAUCGAGUCCUGAUCCUGGAGCGACAAAGCCAUGAAAAGGAUAUGCAGCUGCACCAAAGUCAGAUGGAGCUCCAGGAAGUGCGAUUGUCCUAUCGACAGCUCCAAGGGAAGGUAGAAGAGCUUAGUGAAGAGAGAAGUUUGCAAAGCUUCAAUACAACCAGCACAUCCCUGCUAUCUGAGAUCGAGCAGAGUAUGGAAGCAGAGGAACUAGAACAAGAGAGAGAACAGCUGAGACUGCAGCUCUGGGAAGCCUAUUGCCAAGUCAGAUAUCUUUGCUCUCAUCUCCGAGGAAAUGACAGUGCAGACUCUGCAGUCUCUACAGACUCCUCCAUGGAUGAAUCUUCAGAAACCUCAUCAGCCAAAGAUGUCCCAGCUGGCAGUCUACGUGCUGCUCUCAGUGAGCUGAAGAGACUAAUACAAAAUGUUCUGGAUGGGACAGAUUCCACGAGCUCUCGGAGAAGCGAUGACGAUGCCUUAGAAGAACAAAUCAGGAGAACAAGUGAAGACUCAAGAGCUCUGAGGGAGUUAAUGGAGGGAGAAAGGGGGAAACUGAGGCAAAGCCUAGAAGAGCUCCAGCGGCUUCACAGCCAGGUGACACUGCUGAGUGUGGAAAUGACUGCACUGAAAGAAGAAAGGGAUAGACUUCGAGGGUCAACUGAAGAUAAAGAGAUAAAUGAACAGCUUCUGAAGGCCAUCAGGGAUCGAGAUGAGGCCAUUGCCAAGAAGAGUGCAGUAGAAAUGGAACUAGCCAAGUGUAAGAUUGACAUGAUGUCUCUGAACAGUGAGCUGCUGGAUGCCAUUCAGCAGAAAGUGAACCUCUCGCAGCAGCUUGAGGCAUGGCAGGACGACAUGCACAGGGUCAUUGACCAGCAGCUGAUGGACAAACACCCAAAGGAAUGGAGCCAGCCUGCCUAUUCCUUCUCCACUGGCUAUGGUGCAAAGCGGAGCGCAAGACCCUCCCCCGUGUUCAGGCCGGAGCAGCAGGGGGAUGAGCCCGUUGGGGCAGAAGGGAACCGUCUCUUUUCCUUUUUCAAGAAAAAUUAGUGUGAAAGGAGAAACCUCUUUACUUAUCCUGCUUCAUGAUGGGAAGUAGGAGCAACUGCCCAGCUUGCUGAUGGACCCAAUAGGAAAAACACAAAAGGCAAAGAAAUUAACCCUUGAGACUGCACUAUCUACAC